ACAGAGUCACAGACACCCAAUCCAGAUUCUUUAUCCUCGAGCCGCCCGCCACCACCACCACCAUCAUCCCCAAACCCCCAACUUUCUCUGCCAUUUAUUAUUGAUCCCUCCCACACUCCAUCCCACAUCCCACACACCCAAACACACAUACACCAAGGCCACACCAGUGACACCACCCACACACAAGCACUUUGGAUCAAAAGCAAGUCAACUGGAAAAGGCCUGGAACCAACCAACCAUCCCCAUUCGAGAGUCAAGCCCAUCAUCACAUCAUCGCUCUCCCGCCUCUCUUAUACGUAUACGCAAACGCAGACGCCCGCCCACACACCCCAUUCUAUUACCUACUUCCACCAGCCUUCUUUUCGGUCCAGGAUCCUACAGUAAGGACACACUCCAGCUCUCGCGCAAGAAAAGGCUGCUGCUACCCACACCACACCAUCAUCCCGCAGCCCACCUCGCACCAGCUACACAUCGACUACCGAUUCUCGAGUCUUCUCUUGGAAAAGGACUUGGCAGAGUUGCUGCUACUACUACCUGACCUUAUCUCUCAAACGCUAUUCCACGCAUAAGAGCCCCGACAUCCCUCCGCGCCUGUGUGUGGUCUAGUAGAUCCCACUUCCUACCUGUCUCACUCUCCUGCCGCCGCUGCUGCUGCUGCUUGUUCUCUCAUCUCCCUCUUUCGGAUCAGGAAGGACUUGGUCCAUCUGCCUCUCUCUCGUUUCCCUCCCCCCUUGUCGACGUCCCUCCCCCAAUCUGUUCCACCGACACCACUGUUGGCUGUUGUUACCCGCCCGCUUGACCUGCCAGGGGUUGGUCAUCCGCAAUCGCGCCGAGAAGCCAAUAUUGCAAUCCAAUAUUGCUACAAGCAAGACAAGCUGGUCCCGCAAUUAGCCUCCGUCAACCCAGCAGGCCCACGGUCGUCCCACGAUCACUUUAAACGCAGCCGCUCGCCUCAACACACGGCCAUCCCGCUCAUCUUUCUUGCCUGCACGGAAUCUCAGACAAACACGCACCCACACCCACAGCCACACACACACACGUCGCCUUUUCUCUGAAAAGAGACCAAGAUCGCCGUACGCUCACUCUUCUCUCGACGCCUCAUUUCGUCCUUCCGGCUCCCGGCUUGCAUCCCCCUCCCCCCGCGCUUGACAUCACCUCGGUUCAGGUACCUCUGCUUGGGUCUCGCAUAUAGAGUGAAGAUCGGCGCCCCGAAAUCGAAGAUCUGGGGAAUAUAAUACCACUAACCAUCGCUCCGUCCAACCUACUUCUACCAUUUGACCACCUCACUUUCCCGCCUUUUGGUCAUUUCAAUUCUCUCGCCAUCAAGGGAAUAUCAUCACUGCAAUCAAAUCACCCACUACCACCACGACACAUACACACCCCUUAACCAUGAACGCACCGAUUCAGUCUCCCAAGCGUCAGGACUCCACGUCCUCGGUUUUGUCGUCGUCCUCGCACAUGUCGACGAACCAAAUGGUCCCGCCGCCCCAGGCCACCGGCCAAGCCGCCCCAUCCACCGAGGCCUUCCUCCGAGACUUUACCCUCGUCGCUGAGGCGGCGAAACGCGCCCAAAUGGCUGUCAUGAUGCGCGACUUUGAGUCUUGCGGUCUGUCAUAGACGCGCGGCCUGAAAACCGUCGCCGUCUGCCGGUCGUCCCGAGAAGCUUUUUUUUCUUCUUACUCUAUCCCCCGUUCCCUUGGGGCUCGGACCAUGCUGCCAGACAUCCUGAGCGAGAUAUCGGAUGGAUGGGAGGAGCCGCUGAAACAGUGCGGACCCGAGGGAAUUCCGAGACCCCGCGAAUGGUGAUCUCGUACGACGAUUUCGGGGGACUAGGCAAAGGGGAGAUUUGACAAGAGUUACCGUUAUUGUUUUGGUGCUCGGUCGUGUCUCCCGCUGCCCUCUCUUUCUCAUCACUCGACCUUUUACCUCGCCUCGCUACGGUGUUUAAUCAACAUGAAAGGUUCUCUAUUGGUUUCGCAUUCCUCUCCGGGAUCAGGCGGAGAACUUGGGGGAUAGACAGAGGUUUCCCACAUCAGGUGUUUUUUUUUUCUUUUUUUCAUGACAACCUACAUCGGCGCAUCACGGGAAACGGCAUUGUUGCAUUGCGGGGUUUGGGAGGUAACAUCUCACAUCAAGGGGAUCAUAACGAAUUUCCACACAUACGGAGUCUAUGAGGCGUUCAGUAUACAAUGGGGGGGAAGACUCGGGUAGGGUAUAUCACCAGCCAACCCAUCGUCUGAUUGAAUCCUCGCCCACCGGUUUUUCUCGGUUUUCCUUCUCUUUUUACUGUAUGAAUACCAACUCGGAGGACGAUUACUGUCCUACCUAAAUUUCUAGUUUUGCACGUUUGGAAGAAACACCACGGCCAGAGUCUCUCUGGUCUAUUUUUAAAUCUUCCAAAUCCACCCACCGUCUUGCCAUAGCAGCGUGACGAACUUGGCCACAUACAUCUCAGUGCAUCUCAUCGCCCGUCGUCCGCGUCUAAAGACUUAUCUCCCGGCAGUUUCCAAGAUGGAGGGGAGGGGGAACGACCGUGACUUUCCCAUCUCGUUCCUUCGCCUUACACAGCCAUGACCCUCAGACAUCAUCACCAGGGCGGCCCGACCU